UCUCUCUUUAACUUUUUUUUUUUUUUUGCCUUUUCUCCAUAGAUGAUUCUCUCUUCUCCACUUUCCGCCACAUUGCACACAAACUUCAAAGAUCUAUCAUCAAUGUCGAUACUAUCAAUCCUUACUCUCAAAAACUGAAUCUUUUUUUUUUCUUAUCUUUUCUAAUUCUGAAUUUAGGGUUUUCUUGUUCUUGUUCGAUUUGUACGGAAAAUCUUUGGAUUCACUGCAGAUCAGACUUGGAAUUGCAUUGUUUUUGUUAUAUUUUGUGAAUUGAUGAUAAUUUAGAGGGUUUCGUUCAUUCUUGGAAACUUGGCUGAUUUUUUUUUUUUUUUGGAGAUAUCGGAUUGAGAAUUUGUGUUAGGGUUUCGAUUCUGUGUUUGCAUGUGUAGAAUGUGAGGAGGGGUCCCCUGCUAUAGCAUGGAGGAUCCCAGAAUUGGGUUUUAAUUAGAAGGUUGUGGUGAUUUUUGGAAAUUAGUGGGCAUUGGAGAAAUUUAGUUUUUGCUGAUUGUUUAUUUUGAUUAUUUAUCAAUUGAAGUGGAAAUUCAGGCUUUUUGUUUGGGGUAGUUUUUUUUCUUUUUGGGGGUAAGUGUAAAUCUUUGUGAAGGGGAUAUGUUUGGGUCUGGUAGUGAUAGUGGGCAGAAUCAUACUGGGGUUGCAGGUACUGUUUUGAUGCCAACACGUUUUGUAUGGCCUUAUGGGGGAAGAAGAGUGUUGCUCAGUGGCUCUUUCACUAGGUGGCAAGAUCACAUAACAAUGUCACCCAUGGAGGGCUGCCCAACUGUGUUUCAGGUUGUCUGCAACUUAACACCAGGAUAUCACCAGUACAAGUUCUUUGUUGAUGGAGAAUGGCGUCAUGAUGAGCGUCAGCCAGUUGUAAGUGGAAAUUAUGGCGUAGUCAACACAAUUUUCUUGCCCAGGGAGUCAGAUGCUAUUCCUGAACUGUUUAGUCCAGAUGUGCCCGUUGGAUCUAAUAUGGAUGUCGAUAAUGAUUUUCUUCGACUGGAUGCAGUUCCACAGAUAUCACAGGCUGAAAUAGAAUUAUCUCGUCAACGUAUAUCUGCAUUUUUGUCUACACAUACUGCCUAUGAGUUACUCCCAGAGUCUGGCAAGGUGAUUGCCUUGGAUGUAAAUCUUCCAGUAAAACAAGCUUUUCAUGUUCUCUAUGAGCAGGGAAUCUCUGUUGCUCCUUUGUGGGAUUUUUUCAAGGGUCAGUUUGUUGGAGUUCUCACUGCGAUAGACUUCAUCUUAAUCCUUAUGGAGCUUGGGAAUCAUGGAUCUAAUUUGACGGAGGAAGAGCUCGAGACACACUCUAUAUCUGCUUGGAAAGGGGGGAAGUUACGCAUCAACAGGCAAAUCGACUGUAACUUGAAUUCGUAUUCAAGAAGUCUUGUCCAUGGUGGGCCUUAUGACUCUUUGAAGGAUCUUGCUUUAAGAUUUCUGCAAAACAAGGUCUCAACUCUUCCCAUUAUCCAUUCUUCUUCACCUGAUGGUUCAUUUCCUCAGCUGCUACACCUGGCCACCCUCUCUGGGAUUCUUAAGUGUAUCUGCCGGCAUUUUAAACAUUCUUCUAGUUCCUUGCCAAUUCUUCAGCAACCAAUUUGCUCAAUUCCUAUUGGUACCUGGGUUCCGAAAAUUGGUGAAUCAAGUGGAAAGGCAAUCGCAAUGCUAAGACCAAAUGCUUCUCUUGGUGCUGCUCUGUCUUUAUUAGUUCAAGCUGAAGUUAGUGCGAUACCAAUUGUGGAUGAUAAUGACUCCUUGCUGGAUAUCUACUGUAGAAGUGACAUUACUGCAUUGGCAAAGGACAGAGCGUACGCACAGAUUCGGCUUGAUGAAUUGAGCAUUCAUCAGGCAAUACAAUUGGGACAAGAUGCAAGUUCUCCUCAUGGAUUAUUCAAUGGACAGAGGUGUCAAAUGUGUCUAAGGUCCGAUCCUUUGCAUAAAGUAAUGGAGCGACUUGCUGUUCCUGGAGCAAGGAGACUUGUCAUUGUGGAGGCUGGCAGCAAGCGUGUGGAAGGCAUCAUUUCAGUGACUGAUGUAUUUAGGUUCUUGCUCGGCUGCUGAUACAGCCAGGUGAUCACCCUGCCUUUUAGGGCUUUGUUGUGGUGGCUUUAAUGAAGAAGCCGUUGCUUGGCACUCAUGUUAGUUACUCUUCAGCAACGCCCUCUCCUCAUAGUUGCAUUUGUAAUUGGUCGGAAUUUGUGGAGUCCUGAUGGGCUCAUGCUUUUGACUCCCCCUCUUUUUUCAGGAAGUGAGUUCAGAAAGAAAUGUCUGUAAAUUGAGAGGAUCCCCAAAUUUUCCCUUAUUUAUAUUUUUAAUUUUCACAACCUUAUUAUCAUCAAACCAUGUCAUAGUAUAGCUGCUCUAUUUUUAUAUGUAGUUAACAGAAUGGCGAUGAAGGUGUUGGUUAGCUGUGUAGUUUCUUAUGAUGCUGUGGUUGCUGAUGGAAAGUAAUCUUGGUUUCCUUAUUUUU